AUGGAGAAAGGUUACUAUGUCCGGGAAAAAUCUAAGCAAGUCAUCACAUUGCUGAUGGAUGAACAGUUGCUGUGUAAAGAGAGGGAAGUGGCAUGUCGGACUAGACAGCGUACCUCCUACUCUAUGUUGUUUUCUAAAAGACCACUUGGUUCAAGUAGCUCACUGACAGCGCGUACUUCUGCCCCCACACCAGAUAUUUCUGCUUCAGAGAAGAAGUGUAAGCUUCCUAAGUUUGGAAGGCUACAUAAUAAAAAAAAUGUGUGCAAGGCAGAAUUGAAACAAGAGCAUUGCCAAGAUCUUCAUUUGCCUACAGAAACGAUGUUGUCCCAGGAAACACUUCCACUCAAGAUUCAUGGUUGGAAAUCAACAGAGGACCUGAUGGCAUUUUCUGAUGAUGAUCCAAAGCUGCCUUUACUAGCAACACCUCCUUCCAUUGUCUCUCCAGUCACAUGCUUGUCAGAAGCAGCAGAAGUUUGUAAUCUUUUGGGUGCAGAUGCUGUGCCUACUGUCUCAGAAAAUAGUCCAUCUGGGCAGACAGAUGUGAAUUUGGACAAGAGAUCAGAUGGUACCCUUACAAAUACUGUAACAGAAAACCUCUUGGAAACACCUUUAGAAAAGCAAUCAGCUGCAGAAGGUCUUAAAACAUUGACAAUUUUACCAGCAUGUUGGUCGUCAAGUAAAGAGGAGUUUAUCAGCCCUAACUUAAGGAUAUCAAAGUCAGAUUCUACUUUCCAUAACCAGGCCUCUGUAGAAACACUCUAUCUCUCUCCCUCAUUCAAAAUAUUUGACCCAAAAAAGGAGACUGUAAUCAACAAGUCCUACCAGAAACCACCACAAUCCAGCAUUCAGAUGGAUGAUAAAAUCCUCAAGACAACCACAUGGGUUUCAACUGCCUCUGAGGGAGCAUCUUCCUUUUCUCCUUUAUCCAUGUCAUCUCCUGAUUUAGCCUCUCCAGAGAAGUCAGCUCAUCUCUCAUCCCCCAUUCUGGCCGGACCUUCCUUCUGGACUUUGUCCCAUCAACAGUUGUCUUCUACCUCCUUUAAAGAGGAAGAUAAGACAAGCAAGCUGCAUCACUCCUUUGCUUCUAGGGGCCCAGUGUCUUCUGAUGCAGAGGAAAAUGAUAGCCUCAAUCUACUGGGAAUUCUUCCAAAUAACUCUGACUCUGCUAAAAAGAAUAUAAGUCAUAUUUCUAGUAGGCACUGGGGAGAGUUUUCCACCCAAAAUGUAGACCAGUUCAUCCCUCUGUCCUGCUCUGGUUUUCAGUCAACCAGAGACUUCCCCAGGGAACCUGAAGCAGAGAAUUCCAUUAGUGUUCUUUUAAGGGAGGUAAAAUGUGCGAUCACUAGAUUACAUGAAGAUCUGAGCACAGUGAUCCAAGAACUUAAUGUCAUCAAUAACCACCUGCUGAGCAUGAGUCUGAAUAGUUCACAAAUAAGCCAGUCCUCGCAGGCCCCCCAGUCUUCUGAGGGGAGCUCAGAUCAGAUCUAAUCAUCACAGUAUCUAUUUUUGAUAGAACUCAUGCGGUUCCACUUCCCCAAGACUUAAGUUAAUAUUGUAUAAAUUCAUAUUACUAUGGCACAAAAAGGGGAUGGUUUAAUUUUUCCUUGUCAGGUUUAUUAACAAGUAUCUUUCAAACUAAUAAUUUCAUUUGGGUGGUUUAUUUUUUAAAAGGGAAAGAUGUCACCUUUGAUAAUUUCAGAUUUGGGUAUUAGUUCAUUUGAAACAGAAGAGAAUUUCAUUCUUUGAUGCUCUGUACCUCAAAUGGGUUAAGUAUUAGUGAAAAUUGUGGUAAGACCUCAAACUGCAAAUGACUAUUCAAGAGCUUUUGGAUAAGGAGGCAGAAAGAAGCUCUUUACCUUUCAACUGUAUGGAGCUUGUUAACAGGCCUCUGAGGUGACCUAGGAGGAUCGAGCUUGGGAUACACAUUUCACAUGUUCUUUUGCAAGUUUUAGGUUCUGCAAACCAAGGGCCAGAAAUGUUUUCUUUCUUUCAGAGGCUAGUGUUGGGAGUUAAAUGGAAACAAGCAGGAUGUGGAGCAAAUGUUUUUACUGUCCAUGUAUAUUGCAAAGUGAAUUCAAAUCCAUCCUUUUAUUCUAUUUUAGAAAAUAAAUUUGAUAUUUUUC